UUUUCGCGGUUUUGGUUAUAUUUUUGGUAAUAACUUUUGGUUUUAGGUAACUGAUAAUUUGUAACCAUCAAAAUGAAAUGGUUAUAUUGUUUGGUUAUUGAUAAUAGACAAAAUAAUAUGAUGAUAUUAAUUAUUUACAUUUUAAAAUAAUUUAUUUUAUUUGUUCCACACUUUCGCAACGUAAUGGCAUCCGAAACCGAAACCGGAACGUUUUUAAACUAUAUCCUGUCUGAUGGUGAACAAAUAUUUUCGGAAGAUAAGUCUCAUAUCCUUUGCAAUGUGAUAAUUCAAGACAAAGAAUGUGAAAUGUGGGUACCAGCAUCAUCUUUGGUGGACGGAUUAGAUGAAGAUUUGAAUUCUAAUAAUGAAAAACUGUCAGAUAAUGAGUUAAAUAUUUCUAAUGAUGAAAUAUGGUGUUCACGCAAGCCCAAACCCCAAGAUGUUAAAGCUACUGAAGACCUUUUGAAUAUAAUCAAGCUUGAAGGUAUUCAAAAACAGUUACUAGAUAAAAAGACUCCAAAGUAUAAAGUAUGGGAAAAAAUAGCUCUAAAACUGCAAGAAGAUCAUGGGUAUGUGGUAAGUAAAUCUUUAAAAGACAGUGGAAUGAAAUGCCAUCAAAAAUGGAGGAAUUUAGAAAAAGCAUAUAUGGCCUUUAUUCAAAAUAGUAAGAAAACAGGAACAGGAAAGACCAAAACUCCAGCAUACUUUGAUUUACUUCAUUCCAUAUUAGGUAGUAAACAUAAAGUAAAACCAGCCAUCUUACUAGAUACUUUGGAAAUAGAUAACUCAGUUUUUAAUGAAACUAUUGUUGAAAAACCACUAAGCAUUGAACAAAUGCCAAUAGAAAAGAAAAAAAUAUUAUCUGAUGAUGAAGAUAUUAAUAAUGAAACAAGUUCACAUUUCAAAAAAAUUAAAACUUCUACAAAACCAAAAGAUUUAAAAAAAGAACUUAUUGAUGAAAUACGAUUACAACAUCAAGAAGAUAUGGCAUUACAACAAAAAUUAAUUCAAAUAUUUGAAAAAUCAGUAGAAGAACAAAAAGAGCAAUGUCUUAUUUUAAAUAACGCUUUGCUAGCUAUUGUAGAAACUAUUAAAAAACAGUAAUUUCUACAAAUCACUUACCUUAUCUUUAUAUAAGCCACU